UUUCACGUGAUUUACACGGGGUCGAUUUUUUUGCGGCGGUCCGCGUGUAUAUGUGGACGUGUCGUCGAUCCCCCUAGGACUUCUAUUCUCCCAAAGGUGGUAGGAUCAUCGGAACAAAUGGAACAAAUAAUCAACCCUCGCCAUGAGUCUAGUGUAUUGCACCGACGGUUUGAUCCAGAUACUGAUGCAAAUCUCUACAUUGACUUGGAAAAUUUGCCUCCAAACACACCAAUGAUGUCAUUUGAAGACACCUACGAUUUCGAGGUAGAUGGAGGCAUCGAAAUCCCUCUCUUCAUAGCAGGCCCCAUGAAAGUCUUACUUUGUCUUGUUGAGGAUAGCGUAUUUGAUAAUAGUGAUGACUUCAUGGAUGAUCUCGGCUACCGUCUGAUAUAUGACCCAACACCCUAUGAACCUGAGUGUGAUGUGUGCUGUUUGGUGGAGUGGCUCCUGACGGAAUGUCAUAAUUACGCUGAGUGUUUGACAGAGCUGUUUGGGUUGGAACAGAUUCGAAUUUUUGAGAUUAUGAGGGAGAUUUGGUGUCGAUUACGUCCGAAACCUGUGGCCUUUUCGGGGCUACAUGUUCAGUUUUCACGAGAGAUUAACUAUCUUACGAUACCUUUAUCUAAUAUUUACAAUCUCCCUCUAUUUCCAUACCUUGGACAUUUCCCACUGCCUUGGGAGGAGAGGCGAGACUCUUCGUUGGAGUGGACUUAUGGCUUCAUGUCGCUUGUUCAUGACGACAUUGUGAAUGCAGGUCGACGUGGUCCUGUAUCGUGUUUUCUUUUUAUUAACAUAAUGCGGAUCUUGCGUGCGUACAUUGCGAACGUAUUGCCUUCUGUUGAUGCGGGAACAAAUCCAUCCCUAUACGUAUUAAAUGCCAUCCGGGAAGACCAAGAAAUAGUGCUAUCAGCCAUCAUGAAACUGUCUAAGGCUCUCUUUCUCACGAUCGCGGAAUUGGAGGGAGAUUGGCUCCCUGAAGAUAGCCCACCGCCUCCGGGCUUUCGUAAAGAGGAGAGCUUAUGGUAUCGUCUCAGCAUACGACGAAUUGUGGAGAAUCUGCUGACGAUGAACUUUGCCGAGUUAUUUUUUAAUUCAACCACUCCGAAAGAUCUUUACAUGCAAAAGGUGACUUGGACAGUCAUAAUUGAUCCCUUGACAACCGGUGACCCGAACUCACGUGACGGGGGAUCAAUCUCGGUUAGAGUGGAUGCUCCGUUGAACGGUGUGGGCGUCAUGAAUUGCGGAGUCUCUGAUUGUUUUCGCCACUUCUGUGGUCUUCCUCAUCGUAUUUUCAAUCCUCAGUGUGAUGACCAUCUCUACAUUGACUUGGAGUGCAUGAAUCCGGAAACGCGCAUGGAACGGUUUGAUGAUAAAUACAAAUUCUGUGCGGUAGAGGGUGCACUCAUACCCGUCUUCAUAGCGGGUCCUUUGAUAGUGUUGCGUAUGCGCUAUGAAUGCAAUCAGAAUGUUGAUAGAUCUAGACGCUUCUUUGAGUGUCUCGACUAUACCUCGGUGUGCGAUCCAACACCGGAAAAUCCUCAGUGUUUGGUUUGCUGUUGGGUGCGAUGGCUGCUGACACAAUGUUGCGCCUUACAGGAUUGCAUAGACCACUUUCGCAAUUUGGAAGAAAUCAUCGUGUUUGAAGUGAUGCGAGAGAUUCUUCUUCGGCUGAAGCCGAAGCCUCUCUUCAUUUCACCUCGACAUCUUCACUUUGCAAAGCUGUUCAAUUACAUUGGACUGCCAUUGCGCAGUUUCUUGCACACUCCCGCUCUUCCCCACUGUAUUAUUCCAUGUAGCAAUUGGUGUGAUCGUUUGUUGGGUUCACUGGAGUGGACAAAUGGAUUUAUGUAUCUCCUCUACAAGGACCUUGGUGACCAAGGCAUUAGAAGCCACGUAGCACGAUUCGUCUUCGUUAAUCUCAUUCGAAUUUUGCGUCGACACAGUGAGUCUGCGUUUCCCCCGCAGCCUGACAUAAACUUUCCUCAAUACUACAUGCUUGAGGCUGUCCAAUGUAAUCAGGAAGAGGCACUACGACCAAUCAUGAAGUUUGCAAAAGCUCUCUACCUUGCCCUCCUGGAGUACGAGCCCUAUGGGUUUGUGUGUGAUACUCCACCGAUUCCGGGCUGUAGGAGGGAGGAGGUCUACGUCUACCAACACAACCUUCUACGUGUUAUGGAAAAUAUUUUCAUGAUGAAUGUUACCGACGUAUUCUACAAUAACGCCGACCUCAACAGCAUAAUCGUGCAUAACCUCGAGGUGCACGGUACGCCCAACGAGUGCAUGUGUCGUUUCGCCCAAUCCCUUCAGCAGGAAGACUGCUAA